AUGCCCUCGCAUACACCUCUCUCCGCUUACGCGUGCCCCUGUUCCAGCAGCUCCGAACCCCCAAUUCCAGCAGCUCCGAACCCCCCAUUUUCUGCAACUCAUAACCCCCAAGUUCCAGCAGCUCUGCAAUCUCCCACUCUUGCCCAUGUUCCUCACAUGCACACCCGUCUUCAAGAUGGCAUUCAAAAGCCCAAGCUUUAUACUGACGACACUAAUAAAUACCUCAUUCCCCGUGCCUUAUUAAUUGUUGUUGAUCAUACUGAACCUACUUAUUUUUCACAGGCCACUAAGCAUCCUGAAUGGCAUGACGCCAUGACUGAAGAAAUCAAUGCACUUCUCAAAAAUCAUACAUGGUCUUUGGUUCCUUCCUCUCCUUCUCAGAACUUGGUUAGGUGCAAGUGGGUUUUUUGGAUUAAGCGUCAGUCUAACGGCUCCAUUGAACACUAUAAAGCUCGUCUAGUUGCCAAGGGUUUUCAUCAACGUCCGGGCAUAAACUAUGCUGAAACCUUCAGUCAUGUUGUCAAGCCUGCCACCAUUUGCACUGUUCUUAGUCUUGUAGUUUCUCGUGGUUGGUCCAUUCGUCAACUUGAUGUCAAAAAUUCUUUUCUCCAUGGGUUUCUUCAAGAAGAUGUCUACAUGGCUCAACCCCCUGGUUUCAUUGAUUCCACUUGUCCUUCUUAUGUUUCUGAACCUGGUUAUGAAGUCUUGAGCAGGUUCAUCUUCACUCUGUUUGAGGGCAGCAAGCCGCUUAAAACCCUACGGUACUAUCCUAUGGCCUCCUCUGACUCUCUACCUCCUUCUUCCUCUUCUUCCUCCUCUUCUUCCUCUUCUUCCUCCUCUUCCUCUCUCUCUCCUUUUUCAGCUUCUGCCAUUCCCUCCCACCACAUCGCCACUCUCAUCCCUGUCAAACUCAACAGAGAUAACUAUCUUCUCUGGAAAUCCCUCUUCACUCCCAUUCUGCAGAAUGCUGACCUUUAUGGCCUUCUUGAUGGUUCUAACCAAUGCCCACCCCAAUUUCUUUCUACCCUUGAAUCUAAUCCCGCUUAUCCUACAUGGGUUGCCAGAGAUCGUACCUGCAAAAUUUGGCUCCAUGCUGCCAUCUCUGAGUCUGUUCUCCCUUAUACAGUCGGUUGCUCCUCCGCCAAAUCUCUCUGGGACAACCUCGAGAAACGCUUCUCUGCCAUCACUCGCUCCCAUAUCCUUCAGCUUAAGGGUCAGCUCCAAACCCUGAAAAAGGGAUCUAACCCGAUGAUGCUCUAUCUUGAAAAAAUCAAGGCUCUUGCCGACGGUCUAGCCGCCGUCGGGGCUCCCCUUGCCGAUCUUGACCUUAUUGCUCACAUUCUUCGUGGCCUCCCACCUGAGUAUGACUCUUUUGGUACUUCGAUCAGAGUCCGCUCUGACCCCAUCGACCCUGAUGCUCUUCAUGGUCUCCUGAUUAGUGAAGAGAUUGAAAUUCUACAACGUGACACCCUAAAUCCCAUUUCUAACUCAUCUGCCCCUUUUCAGGCCUUUCAUACCUCUGUUCAUUUCAGGCCCACCUCUUCCCGCCCUUCUCCCGGCCCAAAUCCUCCCAAAUACACGUCCAACCCACCUCUCCUACCCACCCCAUCUACUCCACCUUACCUCUCUCAGCCCAAUACCUUUUCCCACUCAUCCCACAAUCGCUUCCGUCAAACCCCUAAAAUCAGUUGUCAAAUUUGCAACAAACCCAACCACACCGCCAUCGAAUGUCGCCAUCGCUCCAACUUCGCCUAUCAAGGCCGCUCCCCUCCUGCUCGCUUCACUGCCAUGACUGCUACGCACUCUCCUUCCCCCUCCAGCUCCCUCUGGUAUGCAGAUACUGGUGCAACCAACCAUGUCACUCCUGACCUUCACAAUCUCUCUCACCAGCUCCCCUAUCAAGGCAAUGACAAAGUCCUCGUUGGCAGUGGUGAAGGUUUACCGAUUGCCAAUACUGGUUCCUCCACAGCCUCUGCUUCUUCUUCCUCUUUUAAAUUGAACAAUAUUUUACAUAUCCCUCGCAUUACUCAAAAUCUGUUAUCUGUGCGUCGCUUUGUUUGUGAUAACCACUGCAUACUAAUGUUCACUCCUUUUGAAUGUCUUGUGAAGGAUCUAGCCUCGGGACGCCUUCUCUAUCGUGGCCCCACUGAUGGCCAUCUAUAUCCUAUCAACCUCUCAAUUUUUCCCAAGUCUCCACCUGCUGCUCUUCUCAGUACCAAGGCUUCCACUUCCCUGUGGCACAAGCGUCUGGGCCACCCCUCCUCCGUCACCGUUCAACACAUCAUCUCUCACUAUCGUCUUCCUCUCCACCGCUCUUCAGCUCAUCCAUCUAUUUGUCAAGACUGUCAAUUAGGCAGAAGUUCCAAGUUACCUUUUAGCACAUCUAGCACCACUACUUCCUCUCCUUUAGAAUUAAUACACACCGAUGUUUGGGGGCCUUCCCCUGUUCCCUCUGUAUCUGGAUAUCGAUUUUACAUUAUUUUCAUAGAUGAUUUCUCAAGAUUUACUUGGCUUUAUCCCCUUCACACUAAAACUAAUGUCUUUACGGUUUUUCAGCAGUUUAAGUCUCUGGUUGAAAAUCAAUUUAAUAUGAAAAUUAAGAUAGUCCGUUGUGAUAACGAUGGUGAGUUCACUAGCACACACUUUCGACAAUUUCUAGCCUCUCAUGGCAUCAUUCAGCAACUUACAUGCCCUCAUACCCCUGAACAAAACGGCAUGUCUGAACGUAAACACCGACAUAUAAUUGAGCUUACUCGCACCCUAUUUGCGCAGUCUCAUCUGCCAAUCAAAUAUUGGGUUGAGAUUGCUCAGACAUCCGUAUAUCUAAUCAAUCGAUUGCCUUCACUUUCCUUGCAGAAAACAAGUCCAUUGCAGAAACUGUUCAACUGUACUCCUGACUACCAAUUUCUCAAAGCGUAUGGCUGUGCUUGCUAUCCUUGGCUCCGUCCGUAUUCCUCUCACAAGCUCGAAUUUCGCAGCAAACCCUGCAUCUUCAUUGGCUAUGGUGUCCAUCAAAAAGGCUAUCGAUGCCUUGAUCAGAGUUCUGGCCGUGUAUAUGUUUCUCGUCAUGUGGUAUUUGACGAACAUCAUUUUCCCUUCACUGAGCCACACCCUUCCCCUGCAGCUUCCCAGGCUUCUACCCCUCCUCCCUCAUCUCCAUAUCUUCCCAUUCCUCCUCCCCAAUCUACUUAUUUAACUCCCCAACCCCCUUGCCCUGCUUCUACCCAACCUCAUUCCCCACCUCGGUCUCCAACAUCCUCAACCUCAGCCCCAAUCCCACCCUCACCUCCACCUUUUCCCGCUCCUCUGCCCCCUCCUUCCAACACACAUCCCAUGCAAACUCGAUCCAAAUCCGGUAUCACCAAGCCAAAAACCUUUCUCACCCGUCAUCCAUUUCCGCAGGCUUACCUUACCACUUCCUCCUCUCCCAAAAUCCCUUCUACUUACAAACAGGCAGCCCAAGACCCCAAAUGGCUACAGGCCAUGCAAGAUGAAAUUGCUGCUCUUCGUAAAACAAAAACGUGGUCCCUUGUCCCUCCUAGUAAUGCUCACAACCUCGUUGGUUGUAAAUGGGUCUUCCGGAUCAAACAGCAUGCUGAUGGAUCCAUUGAGCGCUAUAAAGCUCGGCUUGUCCCCAAGGGAUUUAACCAACUUCAGGGCAUUGACUAUUCUGAAACCUUCAGCCCCGUUGCCAAACCGACAACCAUUCGGAUUCUACUGUCAUUGGCUGUCCAGAACAAUUGGCCAAUCUCCCAACUUGAUGUGUCCAAUGCAUUUCUCCAUGGGCAUCUUCAAGAACAGGUGUUUAUGAUGCAGCCUCCAGGUUUUACAGAUCCUUCCUAUCCCCACUAUGUUUGUCAGUUGCAUCGUUCCUUGUAUGGCCUUAAACAGGCUCCUCGUGCUUGGUAUGAGGAACUACAAGAUGCUCUUCUCUCCUUGGGCUUCAAGACAUCCACUGCCGAUACAUCUUUGUUUAUCAAAAUCGAUACCUCUGCCACUUUUCUACUUGUUUAUGUUGAUGACAUUGUCAUCACUGGCAGUGACUCCAACUACUGCACCUCUCUUAUUUCCCAACUUCGUCAACAAUUUGCAAUCAAGGAUUUGGGACCCCUCCACUACUUCUUGGGCUUAGAAGUGCACCGUGAUUUGUCAGGGCUUUCUCUUAGCCAAACAAAAUACACUGUUGAUCUCCUCAAAAAGACUGACAUGAUUGAUGCCAAACCAUCCCCAUCUCCAGCCACCAUCUCCAAAUUAGACUCCCAAACAGGUUCUCUAUUGUCUGAUCCCACCACUUACCGAUCCAUUGUAGGUGCCCUCCAAUACUUGACAUGGACUCGGCCAGACAUCACUUAUGCUGUCAACCAAGUUUGCCAAUACCUUCAUGCUCCUACUACAUUUCACCUCACAGCCGUCAAAAGAAUUCUUCGUUAUCUCAAAUCCACCCCCACUUAUGGCAUUCAUCUCAGCAAAGGUUCUUCUCAACUCACAGCUUAUUGUGAUGCCGACUGGGCAGGUUGUCCUGACAAUCGUCGCUCAACAACUGGGUUUUGCAUCUUUCUUGGCAAUAAUCUAAUAUCUUGGUCCUCCAAAAAGCAGCAAACAGUUGCUCGUUCUUCGACAGAAGCCGAAUAUAGAGCCCUAGCCACAACCACUACUGAAGUUCUUUGGCUAUGCACACUUUUGAGAGAAUUGCACAUCUCUUUGCCCUCCCCACCAUUGCUCUUUUGUGACAAUAUUAGCGCCAUUGCUCUUGCUGCCAAUCCUAUUUUCCACGCUCGAAUGAAACACAUUGAAGUUGACUAUCACUUCAUUCAGGAUUUGGUCAUCGCCAAGGCCAUUUCCAUUCUUCAUGUUCCUUUGCACUCUCAACUAGCCGACAUCCUUACCAAAGGCCUUUCAAUUGAUCGUUUUCGCACUCUCAACGACAAGCUCAUCACUAGGUUACCCACUAUGAGCUUGCGGGGGGAUGAUAAACAGAGUACACAAUCAUAG